AUGAGAUUUACAUCCGUUUUAAAAUCAUGGAAUCAACAAAUCUCUAGCCCUCAUUUUGUGAAUACGCAUCUGAAAAUAGCAGCCAAUGAUAAAAAAUUCAGAAACCAUGGUAUUAUAUUUGAAAACCUCCAGUUUUGUCGUCUCCCUCCUCUGUUUAACAAACGACAAGUAACUGACGAGGAGCUAAUUCACAUGGAUCCUCCGAAUCUAUCAGCUUUCUUUGUUGGUUCUGUUAAUGGACUCAUCUGUCUCUGCAAUCACGAAUUGGAGACGUAUAUAUGGAACCCAACUAUUAGCAAGUCAAAGAAAAUACAUGAUUCGCCAUUGCGUUCCUCUUCCAAUACAAAAUUUGGUUUUGGAUAUGACGAGUCACAUGACGAUUAUAAAGCUCUAUUCAUCAAUUAUUCUAGUCUUUGUUACUAUGAUAGUAUGUGCAACGUGUCCAAUCCGAAGAUUGUGGUCUACAUUUACAGUUUACGGACUGAUUCUUGGACAACAGUACAUGGCCAGCUUCAGGGCAACUUUCUAACAAAUACUUUGGGUAAAUAUAUCAAUGGGAAGAUUAACUGGAUUUCAUGUAAUCGUCUUGGUAUUGGCAAAAUCAUUUCUUUUAAUACAGCAGACGAGACAUGGGGAACUUUGGAGCUUCCCACUUUUAGACAAGACAAUUGUAAUUAUCAACUUGGAGUCGUGGGAAAUGACCUUUCGCUGAUUAAUACAAGUAAUUUUAUGGAUACCUCAUCGGAUGUCUGGAUUUUCAAAAAUUGUGAAUUUUGGACGAAAUUGUUCACCAUCGAAUAUCAUCCGAAUCUGUCGCACUUUAUGUGGGCUCCACACCUUAGUGAUGCAUUCUCUAUACAAUUUCAUGAGUCAAAUAAUGGAGACUUUUUACUUUUGCUUCCCCCAUUGAUCAUGAUAUUUGACGGUUCAACCAGACGACUAAAGCACAAUGUUUAUGUGGAGGGAUCUGUUGAUGAUGGAGGAUGUGAUGCUAUAGAAAUCUAUGUAGAAAGCAUUGUUAAUCCCCUGACGAUAUUUGACCAGGGACGUCGUAUUCAGAAUCACUUAGCUGAGAAUUCUGCUUAG